AUGCGACUCGAACAUAAAAGAAUUGAAUUGGCUGAGCGUGAAAAUAAAAAGAUGCAAGCAAAUGAAAAUAAACGUCAAAUGGAACUUGUUCGAAUGAAAAACGACUUGGAAAAUAUAAAGAGACAAAAAGUUGAAUUGAUGAAAAAGUUGAAAGAAGAAAAUAAAAGAAUUCGUGAAAUACAAGCUGCUAAUGCACAAAAAGUGGCCACAUAUGAAAAAACUCAAAGACAACAACAAAAUAAAAUACAAAAGCUGGAAAGGGAAUCUGCACUUAAAUCGGAAAAUCUGAGGCGAAAGGCAGAGGAAGUUCAGCGUCUAAAGGAUUCUAAAAAGGAGCAGGAUGACAAAAUUGAGAACGUUUGUUGUACGCCUACUAAUGUUGUCAAAACUCCAAAAUAUCAACAUACACCUAUACGUACUAAACGCCAGUGGAGUGCUAUUGAACGAGCGGGCUUUACUGUCAAAAAAAAUGCAAUUGUACGUGAAGAAAAGGCUAUGGAUCGAAUGUGUAUUGAGCGUCGAAAACUUCAAGAUGAGCUAUUACGUCUUCAAAGCAAUUAUUCUUCAAAAGCGGAUCCUUCUAUUCGUUCUUUAGAAUUAGAACAACAAUUAAGUAUCCAGCAAAAACUUGAUUAUGUGCAAGAAGAAAUUUUAAAAUCACAAAAGGCAAUUGUUGAACUGGAUGAUGAACAGAUAUGUCUUGAGCCGUCAUCACGUAGAGUUUCUACUCUAGCCUUUCCUGCUGCCAAUGAAGGUGUAAAGGAUCUAGAUUCUUUGAUGUUCCAAUUCUCCCGACAAUUUGCUAUCCCUCAAGAGAUGCUCUAUAUUCUUCGCAAUUUAAUUGAGUUAACAAUUCAGAAAGGAGCGGAUAACACAAGACUUGAAUCGGAAAAUAAAGAAUUAACGGCACUUCUUGGUAUUGAAUCAAAUGAAGAUAUGAUGGAGGUUGUUGAGGCGGCUAAAUUAAAUUUUCAAUUGGGUGUGGAUCAGGACCAUGACACAACUUUUAUGAACGGACCAGAAAACGACUAUAGACCGACUACUCUAUCAAAUAAUAACACGAAUCAAUUAUCUCUAUUUGGUGAUAUUUUACCGGGACCUAUCUGUAAAGGUCAAGAAAAACGUUCCUCAAUCUCAAAAUUUUACAUUUUAGUUGCAGCAUCUGAAGCAACCUGUUCUACGUCAAUCCCAUAGACACAAUUUUAUUAAUUUAUGUAUAGCAUUUUAAUUAGGACAAUAUCAGAGCUGGUUCGAAAUUUCGAUUUUCGGUGUUUCCCUCCUUUUGAAGAAUUUGGAAAAGAUUUUCGAAUUCUUAAUAUUUUGGAAUUACUUCACAAUGUUAAGUCGAACGUCCUCUAUCCAAUGGUACCAAAAAAUAUAACAAGCUCCCACUCACAAUAUACUACC